AUGACCUUGAGGAACCACAGCACCAUCUCCAAGUUUGUUCUCACGGGGCUGUCUGACGACCCCCACUUCCAGUCCCUGCUCUUUGUGCUCUUCCUGGGGAUUUACCUCCUGACCCUGAUGGGGAACCUGAUGCUGCUGCUGCUGAUCAGGGCCGAUUCCUGCCUCCACACGCCCAUGUACUUCUUCCUGAGCAAUCUGUCAUUCCUGGACCUCUGCUUCUCCUCUGUCACUGUGCCAAAGCUGCUGAAGGACCUGCUGUCAGAGAAGAAAACCAUCUCAGUGGAGGGCUGCCUGGCCCAGGUCUUCUUUGUGUUUCUCACUGCAGGAAAUGAAGCCUGCCUGCUCUCAGUGAUGGCCUAUGACCGCUAUGCCGCCAUCUGCCACCCUCUGCUCUAUGGCCAGGUGAUGAGCAACCAGCUCUGUGUGAGGCUGGUGUGGGGCUCCUGGAGCCUGGCCUCUCUCAAUGCACUUGUCAUAGUGCUCUUGGGUGUUGACCUUGACUUCUGUGAUGCCCACACCAUCCACCACUACACCUGUGAGCUGCCCUCCCUCUUCCCUCUGUCUUGCUCUGCUGUAUCUAUGAAUGUCAGCAUCUUGUCCUUCUCUACUCUACUACUAGGGCUUGGAAACUUCCUCCCAAUCUUCUUUUCCUAUGCCCGUAUAAUACGCAACAUCCUGAACAUGAGCUCCACCACAGGCAGGAGCAAGGCCUUCUCCACCUGCUCCUCCCACCUCAUUGCAGUGAUCCUGUUCUUUGGCUCGGGUUUGAUCCGCUAUCUCCUGCCUCCCUCUAGUUCCUGCCUCGAUUUGCUCUCUUCUCUGCAGUACAGUGUGGUCACACCCAUGCUGAAUCCCCUCAUCUACAGCCUCAAGAAUAAGGAGGUAAAGACAGCUGUGAGAAGAUCAUUGGAGAAAUAUUUGCAAUACCUUAGGUGGUGA